UUGACAGAUGUUGGGAAACACUCUGAGGCAUGUUUACUGGUUUUAGGGGAAAGGAGGUUGGGACAUAACGAUGCAGACAAGCAUGAAAGUGAAAGUGUAGAAAGAGGAAAGGUCGAGUAGUGUUGUAGCAGUUACUCAUCAUGAACAUUUUGUGUCUUGCCGUCCUCGUUCUUCCCUUGUGUGGGUCAGUGCCAUUAGCUGGGUGGGUGCAGUCCCCUGAACAUCCACGUGGAUAUAGCCCUGAUUCCAACCUUACAUGGGAAGAGUGUGCCCCGAAAGGACACAGAAUCACCCUCACUCUCAUACACUUGGACCUGGAAGAAAGCUAUGAUUGUGAGAAUGAUGCCUUGAAGAUAUUUGCAGAUAAAAUGCUCCUUUUCACUCUGUGUGGGACCAAGUCUAUGGAGGUGCUGCAGACGUCUAUCAACCCAUUCCUUCACUCCCCUUCUGGUGGCUGUCUCUCUCUUUCAUUUCUCGCAGACUACUCAAACACCGAGAGGCACACUGGAUUUCGAGGCUUUUACACCAUACAGGAUGUUGAUGAGUGUAAGGACCCUGAUAAUGAGUGCAGUCACCACUGCAAUAACUACAUUGGGGGAUAUCGCUGUUCCUGCAGACCAGGGUACCUCCUCAACUCCGAUCAGCACACCUGCAAAGUUAGCUGCAGUGAAGAUCGCACAGGAUCCCAAGAGGGUGUGUUGAUGUCACCAGGCUGGCCUGGAUCAUACCCAGAAAACUCUGUCUGCUCAUACACUCUGGCUGUAGAAGAGGGUCUGCAGUAUGAGUUCAUGUUCACUGGGGUCUUUGAUGUGGAAAAAGGAGAGAAUGGAAAAUGCAUUGACUCAUUAAUUGUAAAAACUGUCUCUGAAAACUUCGGUCCAUUUUGUGGCCACAUCCGCCCUAGCUCCACCUUUCGCACUCGGUCUCGACGUGUUGAAAUUAUCUUUAGGACAGAUGAUGCAGGAACAAACCAAGGGUUUAGCCUCAGUUACAGAACCAGAGAAAUGACUUGUCCUGGAACCGUGACGCCAACGUCUAGUCUGAGCCUGAAUAGUUCUGAAUAUUUCCCGAACAAUGAGGUUACAGUAAAGUGUGACAAAGGACAUGUAUUGCAGUCAGAAGCAGCAGCUAAUGUUGAGUAUAAAUCCAAAUGCCAGAGGAAUGGAGAGUGGAGCCCUGUUAUCCCAUGUGAACCUGUGGAUUGUGGCAUUCCUGACCUACCAGAUUUAAUAGAGCUAACAGUGGAAGAUCCUCUCACAACUUAUUUAGAAAAAAUCAGCCUCAAGUGUCCUGAAUAUUACCUACUCUCUGGAAAUGGCCAUUUCAUCUGUGAUGCUGAGGGUAAUUGGGUAUCUGAGAGUGGUCAAAAAUUCUCAGAAGAUUUGCCUAAAUGUAUCCCAGUAUGUGGAAUGAAUACACAAAUCACUGCUGGUGGCAGAGUCUUUGGUGGGAGACCAGCAUUACUGGGGCAGAUUCCCUGGCAGCUCUUACAUAAGUCAAAACCCAGAGGUGGUGCUUCACUGAUCAGUGAUUACUGGGCCCUCACAGCUGCUCAUGUAGUUGAUGGGUAUGAAACAACCACCAUGAAUUGGUUAGGGGGAAUGAUUGAUGCUCAGGACAAAAACAUAAUUACCAUGGAGACACAAAAGAUAAUAAUUCAUCCAAAGUAUAAAAAUGGGGGACAAACAAACUUUGAUAAUGAUAUUGCACUGAUCAAAAUGUCUGCUAGGGUGCCACUUGGUGUAAACCUCAGGCCAGUGUGUCUGCCAAAGAAAACAAACAGACCUGUGAUGGAGGAUACGAUGGGCACAAUUUCAGGUUUUGGAGGAUAUAACAAUACAAAUCUAAACAUGCUUAUAAGUAAAAAAUUGCUUUAUGGGUAUGUUCAGGAGUAUUCAAAUGAUAAAUGUAUUUUAGGAGAUCUGCCUGUCACUGAUAACAUGUUCUGUGCUGGAGAUGAUGUCCAGGGUAUAGACAGUUGCAAAGGUGACAGUGGAGGUCCUCUGUUUCUCCCUACAUUAGAUCAAGGGUCUGCAGAACAGCCUUUUAGGCUUGUAGGUAUUGUAUCGUGGGGUCCACAUGGAUGUGGACAUAAAAGCUAUAAAGGUUACUACACUAAAGUACAGAACUACCUGGAUUGGAUCAGAGAAACUAUAGAUAACAACACCCUUGUGCUCUCACUAGAGAGGCUUCUCAUUUUUAAUCGUGUAGGCUUUCUGAACACAAGAUCGAAUAAUGGUCGUAUUACAUAUUUAGUGAAACAGCUACUGACGGUGUCUGUCAUGGGUGGAAUACAUCUUAUAUUUUGCCUGCUGUGGGCCUAUGUGAAUGUUUGUGAGUGUGAGCCAGUCAUGUUUGGGGAGGUGUCUUCUCCUCUGUACCCCCAGCCAUAUCCUGCUGAUCUCAAGAAACAGUGGGACCUGGAAGUGCCACAGGGCUAUCAAAUCCAGCUAACGUUCAAUCACCUGGAUAUUGAGCCCUCUUCAAAUUGCUACUAUGAUUAUCUCAUGGUUGUGUCUGAUAAGAAAGUUCUGGGGAAGUUCUGUGGCCAGAAUUCCACAGACAGGUAUCAUCCAGGUAACAAGCCCAUCUUGUCUCCUGGCAACCGUUUCCAGCUGGUUUUUCAAACGGAUGACUCCAACCAUGUGUCACAUUUGGGCUUCACUGCAUUUUACCAGGCUGUUGACAUAGAUGAGUGUACCUCCACCACUGUGGAGAAUGAGUCAGAUCCACCAUGUUCACAAUUAUGUCUUAACACUCUGGGCUCCUACCUGUGUGCCUGUCACCAUGGUUACCAGCUACGACCUGACCAACGCACCUGCAUCUUGGACUGUGGGGGUGGAGUUUACAGUGAACCAGAGGGGACCAUCUCCAGUCCUGGAUACCCAAACACCUCCCCACUUGAUCUACACUGCGUCUACAGCAUCUCUGUACAGCCAGGCUUUACUAUCACCCUCAACUUCAGCCAGACCUUCCACAUAGAACAGGUCUCCAACCAAGGAUCGACCUGCCUCUUUCACUGGCUGCAAGUGUCUGUCCCACAAAAAGAGCCCCAGAAAUUUUGUGGUGGAAAAAGCCCUGGACUCCUCCACACUGACUCCCAUUUCACCCAGGUGGAGUACCACACUGACAGACACGGACAGAGCCAGGGGUGGAGUUUACAUUACACCACCCAGAGGGUGCAGUGUCCAAAUCCAGGCAGGAUACAAAAUGGAAGAGUAACUCCGAACUUUGUCAAGUACUUGUACAGAGAUUACAUUCAUGUGCUCUGUGACCCAGGAUACAAGCUCAUGAUGGGAGAGAAAGAGAUUCAAAGAUUUAAAUCCAUGUGUCAGAGUGAUGGAGAAUGGCAUUUGACAUUGCCAGAGUGCAAGAUUAUUGACUGUGGAGCUCCAAAGCCUUUGCUAAAUGGAAGGGUUCAGUUUAUCAGUGGAUCAAACAAUGAAUAUCACUCUGUCAUCGAGUAUCACUGCAAUGAGCCAUACUAUGCUUUUGAGGAGAUUCCUAAAGCAAGAUACACCUGUGCGGUGGACCGGAAAUGGACAGAGGAUGAUAGCAAUAAUAUUAUUCCUCCUUGUAUUCCUGUGUGUGGAGAAAAUAUAGAACCUGCUUUUGCUGGCAGAGUUUUUGGUGGAAUGCAAGCUAAAGUCGGGCAGAUUCCAUGGCAGCUCUAUACUAGCUUGACAAAAGGGGGUGCUUCUCUGAUCAGUGAUUACUGGGCCAUAACAGCUGCACAUGUAGUAGAUGGAUUUGAAAACACAACAAUGUCUUUUCUUGGUGGAAUAAUUCAUUUAACUCAAGAUGAAACCAUUAUAUUAGAGACAGAGAAGAUCAUAAUUCACCCAAAUUAUAAGAGGGUGGAUAGAGGUAAUCCAACAAACUUUGAUAAUGACAUUGCACUGAUUAAAAUGUCUUCUAAGGUGCCACUUGGUCCAAACAUCAGGCCAGUGUGUCUGCCAAAAACAACAGACGGAUCUGUGCUGGAUGGCAUGAUGGGUACAAUUUCAGGUUUCGGAGGGUUUGAGGGUAAAUUAAAAAGUGAUCAUUUACGCUAUGGGCAUGUUCAGGAAUAUCCAAAUGAUAAAUGUGAAUCAGGAGGUCUGCCUGUAACUGAUAACAUGUUUUGUGCUGGAGAUGACAAGAAAGGUGUUGACAGUUGUCAAGGUGACAGCGGGGGUGCACUGUUCCACCCCAUGUUGGGCUAUGGGUCUGCAGAACAGCGCUAUGAAGUGAGGGGCAUUGUGUCAUGGGGUCCUACUAAAUGUGGCGAUACAGUCUUUAAAGGUUUCUACACUAAAGUGCAGAACUAUCUAGACUGGAUUAAAGAAACUAUGGCAAAUAACUAGUAUUGGCUGAACAAGAUAAGACAUGACCCAUUUGUCAUUAUUCAACCCCAGAUAAGACUUUUAACCUUGAAUAGUUUGAAAUUAGUUUCAGAUAUCCACAUAUCUAUAAUUUACAUUCAGACUCCUGAUAAAAGUUAUUUUAAGUAAUCUAUUAAUGUGUCAACUCUGAAUGUGUUAUUAUGACCAAAUGUUUUUUUAAUUAAAGGGUAAUUUAAAAAAGUUCAGCUUAUUUUCCUCUGCUACAGCAGACAUUGUAGAAUUGUGCCAUAUUUCCAGAAUCUUCAUUUUUCGUGUUUCUCACCUUUUGUUCUCUCUUCAAGUUAUAAGGCUAAGAAUUCCAUAAUAAUUUAAUAAGGCAUCCACGGGCAUAAACUGCUUAUAACGCUGCUCGAAUUUAGCCCUGAUUAGCAGUCGGGUUGAGUCUGUGCAAGUCGGCACCAGAUUUUGGACCAGUCGUAAUUGACAGAUUUCACAGAGUAUCGCAGUAUGGGAAUUGACUCCGAUUUCUUAUGCUAAGACAACGAACGAUUACAACUAGUCAGUGUAUAUCAUGUGUGUUUGUUAAUUUAGAGCCAAUUAUAGAGGAAAUCUGGUUGCCUGUGAAGCUCAGCGACUCAAAUAUGAAGUUAUAUGGUCAUGGUGUGAUCAUUGUUUGAUGUGUGUAAUGCCUAUUUUUUCUGAAGCCAUUUAGCCAUCAGAAAAAUACACUAUGGAAUGUAAAACCUGCCUAUAUUAAAUAAAUGAAUGCAGUGAUAAAAAUUACAUUUAAAACUUCAUUAACCAUUUCAAGUGUCUGUAAAAUAUGUGACAAAAUAAAACAUUUAAUUCAAUAAUUACA